AUGAGUUUAACACUUGAUGAAUUGUCAUUAUUGAAAAAAGAAGUGAAAGAAAGAGAUGAAGAAAUUGAUUUGUUGAAUGCAUUUGUAAACAAGAAUCCAAGAUUACUGUCUCCAUGCGUCAUAGUUCAUGGAUAUAAAUCUAUUGGCAAAACAUUUACCGUGACAAAGUUUUUAAAGGCAUUGGGAUUAAAAUUUUCUACCGUUAAUUGUGAUGAAUGUGUUUCGAAAAAGAUAUUAUUACGCCGAUGUUUUGAUAGAAUUAGAAUCGAUAGUGGCCGACAAAUAGGGCCAAUAAACACCAGAAGUGAUUUGGCAAAAUAUGGGAAUACCGGUGAUAGCUUUUCAACAUUUUUAUCAGCUUUAGAAUUGUUUGCUGACGAGUUUGGCUAUAGAGAUGACCAUCAUGUUUUACUACUAGACAGAUUUGAUCAAUGUUUUGAAUAUGUAAAUGAUUUAUUAGCCGGGUUUACACGAUUAAAAGAAUCUUCAAGUUUGCAGAAUUUCACUGUGAUUGUUGUUGUUGCUGGUGAAGACCCUAAAGAAAUUGUGACAUUAUCAAACCCACAUGUUUAUUUCAAAGUUUAUAAUGAAACCCAAAUAAUCAGUAUUUUACAACAGAAUCGAUUAUGCAAAUUCGAUGAUACUUUGGAUAAUUCGCCAGAGAGUAUAGAAUUUUACAACCAAUAUGUUAAAGCAAUAGUGGAUAUGUUUUAUUCAUACACAGGAUCCGAUAUGUCAUUGUUGAUAGAUUUUACCAAGAGAUUAUGGGAUCCUUUUAUUGAACCAAUACGACAAGGUCGAUUACAAAUUACAGAAUUUGUCAAAUGUCUUAAAGAAGGUAUGCACUUGUUUACUGACGAAGAUGUUGUUAGUAAUUCCGGAGUCAUUGAAUUUAAAACACUCCAAUGGGAACAACAAAUGAGCCAUGGAGGGCAUGUCCAAGAUUUACCUUUACAUUCUAAAUUUUUUUUACUUGCAUCUUAUUUGGCAUCAUAUGGGAAUCAAAGAAAUGAUCUUCAUAAAUAUUCUAAAGUGAAAGUAGUGAAAUACAAAAAGAGACAAAGCACCAAAUCAGCUAAAGUUACAAAGGGACAUAUGAGUAAAGAAAGUAUCGAUACACGUUUAUUAUCGGCCAACUUUGUUGAUCUUGAAAGAAUCUUGGCUAUUUUGUCAGUCAUAUAUAGGAAUUAUGCCCCUUCAUUGAAUCAUUCAGAUAAAGAUGAAUUGCUUUACAUGGAUGAUCGGAUAAUAGAAAAUGAAGAGAAAAAAGAAUCAGAAAGGUCUAGAUUCACUCUAACGAGAAAUAUCGAUUUGAGUAAUCAAAUUGCAACGUUGUUUUCCUUAGGAUUAUUGAGUAAGACCAACUCCUCGGAUAUAUUGACCGCCAAAGUAAGAUGGAAGUGUAAUAUUGAUUGGGAUACUGCAGAAGGAAUAGCAAAGUCAGUGAAUUUUCCUAUUGCAGAGUUUAUGAUAGAAGACUAA